UGCCCAGGGCAGGGGGCCUCAGCCGAGCAAGGUGGACUCCACCCCUAGGCUCAAAAGUCAAAAAGUAGUUGGGGUCCUGAGAGUCUGGGGAUCUGGCGUUUCUUAUUUCACUGAGAUGGGGCAGAAGAGUGGAGCUCAGGCAGCUGGACAAAUCUGGGCCACGGGCACAGUCCUUAAAGGGUUCCCAGACCCCCCCCCCCAAGAAAGGGGAGAUUCUAUUGUAUUGUGGGAAUUGAAGUGGGGUCCUCCCAGUGCUCCCCCUCCCCAGGCCCCAGCAUCCAGCAGUGACCUUGGUGAGCUUGAAGAAGGCUGCAGCCCUGCAGGCAGAGGUCAGAACACCCCAGGCAGAGGAUGGUGUGCUGGGUCUGGAGCCAGGGAAGCGGGGGUGGCCACUGAGGUCAGACGGGGAGCAGCCCAGGGAUGUGAAACCUGUAAACUGUGUGAGGGUGUCUGAUGGAGAACUUCCAGUACAGCGUGCAGCUGAGUGAGAGGGACUGGGCAGAGUUUGCAGCUGCAGCUGAUGAGUGCGGCCUCCAGCAGAUCAGCCUGGCAUCCGGAGACGAGCUCCCCUGUAGUGACAUUGAGCAAGGGGACAGCAGUGGCAGCAGUCCCCCAGGGGGCAGGGCCUGGCCCUGCUCCAGACGGGAGGACGAGCUAGUCACCCAGCGGCUGGUCAGCAGGUCUGGGUGUGAGCCGGACCAGCAGACGCCCAGCACGUCCACACAGCCUGGGGGUGACCCGGCACCCCCAGAGCCAUCCACAGCUGCCAUGCAGAGGCUGCUGCAGGGGCCUGCCCUGCGCCGCCCAGCCUCCGGGAAGCCUUCCCCUGGCAUAGCCCCCCAGGAGUCCCCCAGCAGCCCCAGGACCCCCCAGGAGUCCCCCAGCAGCCCUGGGGCUCUGCCACGCAGCCCCGGCAGGAAGAAGAGGCAUGCAGUUGCCAGGGUGGGUGGGCAUCCGGGCGCCCUUGUGUCCUGCUCUGAGGCCCAGCCUGAGGAAGGACUCCUUGCGGAGGGCGCCAGGCAGGGUGAGCAGGGUCCAGAUGGCCAGAGUGGCCACGAGUGGGAGGCCAGGCCCUGUCCACCUGAACCUGUUGGACAGCCCAGCACAGAUCCUCUCAGGACGAGCCCCAGAACCCGGCUGGCUCGAAGGGCCAAGUCACACAAGGCUCUGUCUACACCCACCUCAGACCCUCAGCAACUGAACAAAGCUCCAUCUGCACCUGCCUUGGACCUUCAGCAACUGGAUACUACUCCAUCUAUACCUGCCUUGGACCCUCAGCAACUGAACACAGCUCUGUCUAUACCCACCUUGAACCCUCGGGAACUGAACACAGCUCCACUUACACCCACCUUGGACCCUGAGCUACUAGGUACUGUUUCAUGUAUACCUGCCUCGGACCCUCCGCAACUGGGCACUGCUCUGUCUGCACCCACCUCUGACCCUCAGCAGCUAGACAUGGCUCCAUCUAGACCCUCCUCCAAGCCACAGCCUCCUAUGGCUCUGUCUAUACCCACCUCAAGCCCGCAACAACAAGACAUGGCUCUAUCUACACCCACCUCAAAUUCUCAGCAACUGGACACAGCUUUGUCUACAACCUCCUCCAAGCCUCAACCUGAGGACCUGCCUCUGUCUACACCUGCCUGCAAGCUUCAACCUGAUAGAACUCUGUCUACACUCUCCUCUAAACCUCCACCAGACACAGCUCUAUCUAUACCUGCCUCUAAGGUGCCACCUGAUACACCUCUGUCUACACCCUCUUCUGAGCCUCAACCUGACACAGCUCUGUCUAAAUCUGCCUCCAAGCCUCAAGUCAACGUGGCUCUGUAUACACCCUCCUCCAAACCUCCACCCGACAUGGCUCUGUCUACACCCACCUCAAAUUCUCAACAACUGAGCAUGACUCUGUCUACACCUGUAUCCAAGGCUCAAGUCAACACAGCUCAGUCUACGCCCUCUUCCAAGCCUCAACCUGACAUGGCUCUGUCUACGUUCUCCUCCAAGCCUCAACUGGAGGACCUAACUCUGUCUACACCCAUCUGCAAGCUUCAGCCUGAUACAACUCUGUCCCCACUUUCUUUCAAGUCUCAAGUCAACAUGGCUCUGUCUACAUCCCCCUCCGAACCUAGACUGAAUGCGGGUCAGCCUAUACCCAGCCCAAUGGUCAAGGCAGGGGCAGGUACCCCUGCUCCUGCCUCCAAGGCCAGCCCCCCCACAGCCCUGUCCUCCCUUGCUGCCCAGGCCCCUUCCAAUGGGGGUGUGUUUACACCUGCCCCCCGGUCCCAGACUACUCCUGAUGUGGGCGUGAGCUGCAGUGAGUCUCCAGGCAGCCAUGGGGAGAAGCCCAGGGAAGAGCCCCCAGCAGGUGGCCCAGGACCCCACAACGGUGAUCCCCAGCUAGCUGGCAAAGCCGCCAGGAGGAAGAAGGUGCGCUUCUCCAUGGAUGAGUCUGACCCCAAGUCACUGGAGGCCAUGACCUUGGGCCCUCCCUCCCCUGUCCGGCCCUUAGCCCUCAGGACAGCUGCCUGGGACGCUGGGGGACCUGGAGCCUGGGAUGCUGUGGCUGUGGGGUCCCGGCCACCUCAGCCUCGAAUCCUUAAGCACCUGCCUCCCCCAACCUCCUCAGCCUUAGGGGGGCCGGCACCCAGGAGCAACUUUGCUGUGACACUCCCUGAGGCCUACGAGUUCUUCUUCUGCGAUACCAUUGAGGAGGAGGAUGAAGACGUCGAGGAUAGUCAGGCCUCCACGGAGGUGCAGUGGCCCGAUGUGUGCGAGUUCUUCUUCAGGGACACUAGGGCCCAGCGACCAAGGAGCUGCUCCGUUCCUGCUCCAGAUCCACCAGCCCCCCCACCCAGGGAGCCUUUGGCCUUCCCUGAGGCCUACGAACACUUCCUGGGGGAGGAUGGGCCAGGGGGCAUCCUGGGCCCCGCAGCCCUGCUGCGCCUGCAGGCCUUGGAGGCCCCCACCUCAGGCCCCCUGUGCACAAGCCCCAUGGCCCCCUCGGAUGCCCUUCCUCGGCAGCUGGAGCUGGCGCUCAGGGGAGCAGGGCAGCCCCAGGCUCCCCUCAUGUCAUUUAACCUCAGCCAGAGGGACAUGUGCCUGGUGUUCGUAGCCUUUGCCACCUGGGCCGUGAGGACCUCAGACCUACAGACCCCAGAUGCCUGGAAAACAGUCUUGCUAGCCAACAUCGGCACGGUGUCAGCCAUCCGCUACUUCCGCCGGCAGGUGAGGCGAGGCUACCGCAGCCCAAGCCAGAGCCCAAGUCCCAGCCGGAGCCCCAGCCCCAGCUCCUAGGACCUUGGCUCAGCAAGGAGGCAGGACAAGGAAAUGACCACAGGUGCUCAGGACUAGGUGCUGCCCUGAGGCUGUGCCCUUUGACCCCUGUGGUCCACAAAGCAAAGAAGCCAGCAUUCCCAGCACUGGUGGCCCCAGAUUCCACCUGAGUGUCCAGCUGGUGACCUGGGACCUAUGUGAGGCGGGGGGGGGGGGGGUUGGGGGAGGCACCAC